AUGGCACCAACAAGGAAACAUGCAACGGCACCAGGACUCUCCACAUGUGAAUCCUUGAUUCAAAAUCUGCAGCAUCUGGCCCAAGUUGCUCAAACACUGAGCAACAUGAUCCUCCAACCACCACCCCCAAGUAGAAACUCAGAAGUCAGCCACCAAAUCUCAGAACAUCGGCCGCCUACCUUCUCAGGGGAUGAAGACCCCAUAAUUCUCGAAGAAUGGAUCCGAAGUUUUGACAAAAUAUUCGAGGCAGUAGAGUGCCUGGAGGACCACCGAAUAGAAACCGCCUCCUUCUAUUUCAAACACGAAGCUGACCUCUGGUGGGUCCACGAAGGACCUAAUUAUAAGCAAAGACCAGGGUUCAACUGGGAGGCCCUAAAAGCACAAUUACGAGAACGGUUCUACCCCAGUCACAUAAGGGCAUCUAUGUAUAAAGAGUUUCUCCACCUGAAACAAGGAACAAACCCAGUCACAGAAUAUUACCAACAGUUCCUCAAACUAGCUCGCCACACACCCGAGCUAGUACCUACAGAGUCAACCAAGAUCGAGAGAUUUAUGACAGGCCUCAACCUCAAAAGCCAGAAGGCCCUAAUCCUACGCAAACCAAAGACACUCGAGGAAGCCUAUGCCAAGGCAUCCCAACUACAAUGA